AUGGGGAGUACGUUGGUGUGCGCAUGUGACGAAUCGUGUGACGCAGAUGCGCUGUCUGCAGAGCAAGCAGUACAGACCAUGGAUCCAGAACGUGAGGUCGAGGCCAGUUUUGACGUCGCCAGGUCCACAGAAGAAAAUUGGCGCGUGCCUCAUUUUGUUGGUCCGAACCAUGAUAUUCGGCCGCUUCUUGAUUAUUCAUAUCACGCGACUUACAACAUAAGACGGGUGGACGUUCAGGAUGCCAUCAUUGAUAGAUUCUGUACAGAUCAAAAUUGUCAAUCGGAAUUGCUACCCUGGGUGGUAUUCACAGCUGGAGCGAUGGGUGCCGGCAAGGGUUACGUGGUCCGCUGGAUGGACACGAAUGGGUAUCUCCCUUUAGAUAAAUUUGUAGUGGUGGACCCAGACCAAAUACGGCAAAUGCUCCCAGAAUGGGGCGACUACGUAAAGCACGAACCAGAAUCAGCGGGUGACAAAACACAGAAGGAGGCGGGACACAUAGCUGAGAUUUUGGGAUACAAAGCGUUGCGCCAUCGGUACAGGGUGAUAUUCGAUGGUAGUUUGAGGGAUGCGCAGUGGUACGUCACAUUCUUUCAGAGAAUACGCGAUAAUUUUCCCGGCAUCCGUAUCAUGAUCCUUCACAUCAUGUCAGACAAGGACGAGGUUAUCCGUCGGGCAGAAGAACGCGGUCAAGAGACAGGGCGAGUUGUCCCGAAGGCGACACUAUUGGAAUCAAUGGAUGCAGUUCCGAAGUCUGUGGGUGUUUUGGCACCUUACUGCGACUUCUGUUGUCGCGUGCUGAAUAUGGCAGGACAAGAUCCGCAACUCAUGCGGGAACCAGGUGCACCAUAUCCACCAGAACAUGUCCCCGUCAAUUGGGACACGUUCAAAGGCUUGUGGGACAGCCUAGAUUUGAAUGGAGAUGGAGAGAUAGACGAUGGCGAAAUUCAAGUUGCCAUCUCAAGGGGGGCUCUCUCUGAACAUGCCGUCAAAACCAUGGACAUCGAUGGAAAUGGAAAAAUAUCGAUAGACGAGUUCAAAUCAGCCGUGAGCGUGGCGAGCACCAAUGGCGCGUCCUCCGGCAGGCAGAAGGAGUGGUUCCGCUUCGGCCGCCGCUAG